AUGGAAUUCCGGCUAGGUUCCUGUCGUCUGCAUGUCAGCCAUUUUAAGUUGUGUGAACAUGGAAACAUUUUUGCUCUGUGGUUUUUGAAAGUUUUCCUAUUGCUUUCUGUAUCUAAACUAGGCCAACAAGAAACAAAGUCCUCAUUUUCGCCUCAUCGCCGUCUUCAUCUUUGCCUCUUCGCCUUCGCCUUCGUCUUCGCCUAUUCGCCUCUCCGCCUUCGCCUAUUCGCCUCUCCGCCUUCGCCUAUUCGCCUCUCCGCCUUCGCCUCUUCGCCGUCUUCGCUUCUUCGCCGUCUUCGCCUCUUCGCCGUCUUCGCCUCUUCGCCGUCUUCGCCUCUUCGCCUUCGUCUCUUCGCCUCUUCGCCCUCUUCGCCGUCUUCGCCGUCUUCGCCUUCGCCUUCGUCUCUUCGCCUUCGCCUCAUCACCGUCUUCGCCUUCGCCUCAUCACCGUCUUCGCCUUCGCUUCAUCGCCAUCAUCUCACUGCCUCGUCGCUGCCUACGUCUUCACCUCAUCGCCAUCGUUCGCCUGUGACCAACAACGAUGGAACAGUCGAAUCCAAGAAAAAACUCAUAGCGAUAGAACGUGACUUCGCCGCGGAACUUCCCGGAUACUGUUUUGUUUUGUAUUUCUGUAUGUUGUGUUGUAUUGUUAACCCGCUGGCUGCCACCCCGUUUUCUCCCAUUUUUUUUGUAGCUUUUAGGGACCGGGCGCUGUUCUCCCCAUGGCCAUGGGGGGAACAGUCGCCAAGGCGCCUAAAGGCCUCGUGCCUUUAGGCGCGCGUAGGCAAUGCACCAGCAGGGCCUUCUCCUUUUCGGCACGGUGAUAGAAAGCCGGGGGUGUGCAUUCCCAUAAUGGCCUCUAUCACCGUGCCAGCCCGGACUUGUCUUCGGACAAGUCCCCCCUUGGUCGGGAUCCUUCAGACGCGACAAGUAGCUACUGUAGUUGAAGCAACCUACGGGUUGCGUGGGCAACGGCAGCCAACGGGUUAACAAGUUGUGUA